CCUUGCCGGCCCCGCAAGGGGCAGUCGGGCCUCUCGGGUCUCCGGCGAUCGCGCGGAUGGCGGCGCUAGCGGCGCUGGCCAAGAAGGUGUGGAGCGCGCGGCGCCUGCUGGUGCUGCUGCUGGUGCCACUGGCUCUGCUGCCCGUGCUCUUCGCCCUGCCGCCCAAGGAAGGCCGCUGCCUGUAUGUCAUCUUGCUCAUGGCGGUGUACUGGUGCACAGAGGCCCUGCCCCUGUCUGUGACAGCUCUUCUGCCCAUCGUCCUCUUCCCCUUCAUGGGCAUCCUACCCUCCAGCAAGGUCUGUCCCCAGUACUUCCUUGAUACCAACUUCCUCUUCCUCAGCGGGCUGAUCAUGGCCAGCGCCAUCGAGGAAUGGAACCUGCACCGGAGAAUCGCCCUCAAGGUCCUUAUGCUGGUUGGGGUCCAGCCUGCCAGGCUCAUCCUAGGGAUGAUGGUGACCACUUCGUUCCUGUCUAUGUGGCUGAGCAACACGGCUUCCACCGCCAUGAUGCUGCCCAUCGCCAGCGCUAUCCUCAAGAGCCUCUUUGGCCAGCGUGAAGCUCGGAAGGACCCUCACCAGGAAGGCGAUGAGAGCGCAGCUGCUGUGCGGGGAAAUGGACUUCGAACAGUGCCCACGGAGAUGCAGUUUCUCGCCAGUUCAGAAGGAGGCCACCUGGAGGAUGCAGAGGCUCCGCUGGAGCUGCCCGAGGAUUCCAAGGAAGAAGAACACCGCAGAAACAUCUGGAAGGGCUUCCUCAUCUCCAUUCCCUAUUCAGCCAGUAUCGGGGGCACCGCCACCCUCACAGGCACAGCCCCCAACCUCAUCCUGCUCGGUCAGCUCAAGAGUUUCUUCCCACAGUGUGAUGUGGUAAAUUUUGGCUCCUGGUUCAUCUUCGCCUUCCCUCUCAUGCUGCUGUUCCUACUGGUGGGCUGGCUCUGGAUCUCCUUCCUCUAUGGCGGAAUGAGUUGGAGGGGCUGGAGGAAGAAGAAAUCUAAGAUAAGAGCUGAUGCAGAGGAUAAGGCUAAAGCCGUGAUUCGGGAAGAGUUCCAGAACCUGGGGCCCAUCAGGUUUGCUGAACAGGCUGUCUUCAUCUUGUUCUGCACAUUUGCCAUUCUCCUCUUCUCCCGCGACCCGAAGUUCAUCCCUGGCUGGGCCAGCCUCUUCGCACCUGGCUUUGUUUCGGACGCUGUCACCGGUGUGGCCAUUGUCAUCAUCUUGUUCUUCUUUCCAUCCCAGAAGCCCUCACUCAAGUGGUGGUUUGACUUCAAAGCUCCCAACUCGGAGACUGAGCCCCUGCUGAGCUGGAAGAAAGCCCAGGAGACAGUGCCCUGGAAUAUCAUCCUUCUUCUGGGAGGUGGCUUCGCCAUGGCCAAAGGCUGCGAGGAGUCGGGGUUGUCAAUGUGGAUCGGUGGGCAGCUGCACCCCCUGGAGCACGUGCCCCCAGUGCUGGCUGUGCUACUCAUCACUGUGGUCAUCGCCUUCUUCACAGAGUUCGCCAGCAACACCGCCACCAUCAUCAUCUUCCUGCCAGUCCUGGCAGAGCUGGCCAUCCGCCUGCAUGUGCACCCCUUGUACCUGAUGAUUCCAGGCACGGUCGGCUGCUCCUAUGCCUUCAUGCUGCCCGUCUCGACACCCCCAAACUCUAUUGCCUUCUCCACUGGACACUUGCUGGUCAAAGACAUGGUGCGGACUGGCCUCCUGAUGAACCUGAUGGGCGUCCUGCUGCUCAGCCUGGCCAUGAACACCUGGGCACAGACCAUCUUCCAGCUGGGCACCUUCCCAGACUGGGCCAACACCCACGCUGCCAACGUCACCGCGAUGCCACCCACCUUGACCAACAACACGGUUCAAGCCCUCUGAGCCCUGCUGGGGACUUCCAAUUAGGCUGGGCCUUCCCUGAGGGUUGUUGCUGUCACUUGCUGCUAGGACCCUUAUAUGCUGACCAAGCAAUUCUUUUCUGUAAUCUGAUAGGAGGCAGCAAGCAAGGAUGACCUCCAGUGGUCCACUUGGGGCCACAGGCUCACUUCCUGCAAUGCCUUCUCUUUCUUUUUCAUGCAUUUCAAAGCCAGCUAUCUCUUGCAUCUGCUGCCUGCAGAACAGGCUCCCCCCCC